GUGUAGAUAAAAAUUCUGUUCUCGCGCCUAUUACCGCACAAUGUCUUUGUCCGUUAGAGCAAUCGGUAACGGCUAUAAUUUCCCUGUCGCGCAUCUUCUGGGCUUCAAUGAUUUACCCUACAUGUGCGUUGCUAGGGUUUCUUCUCCCUUUCACUUUCAGCACCGGAUUCCUAAUCAGCAUCAUUAUCCGGGACUCUCUGCAGUUAAUGCUGAUGGCAAUGCUCAUGGUGUCCCAGAUGCUAACGACUGCUCUCUUAACCAUGAAGGCUCAGCAGAAAAGAGUGAGAGUAGCAAGCACAAACCGCUCACAACUAAAGAGAUAUUGGAGAAACUAAGAAGAUAUGGGAUUUCUGGUAUAUUGGCCUAUGGGCUACUAAAUACUGCCUACUAUCUCACAACAUUUCUUGUAGUGUGGUUUUAUGUCGCCCCAGUACCUGCAAAAAUUGGCUAUCUUGCUGCUGCUAAAAGAUUCCUCAAAGUAAUGGCCAUGGUAUGGGCUGGGAGUCAAGUUACAAAGCUUGUGAGAGCUGCAGGGGCCCUUGCAGUUGCACCAUUUGUUGACAGAGGAUUGUCAUGGUUCACUGUUAAAUUCAAGUUUGAGUCUCAAUGGAAGGCAUUCAUGGCAAUUGUUGGAUUCUGUUUUGGACUUGGCAUCAUGGUAUUUGCUGUUGUGACACUUCUUUGGGCUUAAGCAUACCGAGAGGGAUCACUAUCCCUGUUUUUAUUGUGAAUUCGCGGAGUUGAACAAAUAGGAACAAUAAUAGUAGAAAAGAAUGUGGAAUCAAUUGCACAAAUUAGAGUUUUUA